AUGGAAGAUAGAGUACAUCAUGCGUAUACGAUAACACCUACGUACAUGUUAUAUGAGAUUUUGUGCGGGUGCGGUUAUCUAGAUGGUACCGAAAUUUCGGAAGCCAUAUCGUCGACGAUACAUAUCUGCCAGAAAGAUAUGGCGCCACACUUUUACGCGCCGGAUGUAGACAUUUGCGAAACUGUCGAUCAUUUCACUAAACAACCAGAUACAAACAGUCCAUCCAGAAACGGACUAGUCGAAGCUGCCAGAUUGGCUAGAUCGAGCAUUAAACCGCUAUGCGAAUGUGAAGCUUGUAUGCAUGGGGCACUCGUUCUCCCUGGAGGAUUUGGUGCGGCAAAGACAUUGAGCAAUUUCGCAGAAAAAGGCGCCGACUGUACGAUACUUCCUGAUUUGGAAAAGCUUAUCGAAGACUUUUACUGUGAGAAGAAACCAAUUGCAUCGAUGUGCAUUGCAAGCGUUCUUGUGGCGAGAGUAUUAAAAGGUGUUAAAAUUACUCUUGGAAAAGAUUCACCAGCAAAAGAUUGGCCGUACGCCGAUGCUAUUAAGAAAGCAAAAGACAUGGGAGCCAGGAUAGAAAUGAAAAAUGUGAAGGGAGUAACGAGAUGUAAAAAAUACAAUGUCGUUAGUACACCAGCCUGGAUGUAUAAACCUGCGUCUUAUUUAGAUGUCCAUAAUGGUAUAGGGAAAUUAAUUACUGCGUUGAAAAAAUGCAUGAAUUGACAACGAUGUCUCGAUGUUCUAUUCGAUAUCAUAUUAAGUUUUUAAUCGCUUAAGUGAAUUACAAAUAUCCCGAUUAUCGUGAAGUUUUAUUUUUCUAUCUCUUUUUAAGUGCAUCGCUCGUGUGUAAAUAUUUAUCAAUUACUCGAAAUAUAGUGAUUGUAAAGUACAUUAAUAAAUUUUCAAUUUAUUAACUUUUCAUGCAAAAUCAGAAUCACUUACUCAUCGAGCAAAAUUUCAAUCGCAUAUCAUAAUAGUUAAUUUCAUUUGCUUAAAGCGAUUUUCAUACACAUCCUAAGAAAUCUUUUAAACAUUUGUCUCAAAAAUUGGUUGUACAAUAGUAGAAAGUAUAAGCAUUCUUGAAUUUUUUCCAUAUUUUGAAAACCCUACUUUUUU